AACGCAAUGUGAACCUGCAGCGGAUAUACUGGUGGAAAUGGACACCAACCCAAGAAAUGAUGGGUGAAGCAUCCGAGAUCCGUCCCUUGAACUUGCAUUGCUCAUCUCCUACGUGCAAUCGCGACAUUCGGUACUUGUUGUACAGCCGACUGAGCGGCCCCGGUUAAGCAAGACUCCGGCAGCAAUUAUGUGAUUCGAUUCAUAGGUUCAGCCGUGAUCCGACCGAAUCCUUUAGCUCCUAUUCAAACGUGGAUUGGGAAAUGCCACAAGUGCAUCAAUUGAACUUCCAACAAUACAAUAACUCACUACAGGAUGGGCAACACAAUCUCUUACGAAACGAAGGAGUAUGAGCUCAACCUUGGCUCAAAGGGGACUGUAACAGGUCUUCAGUACGAUGCCAAAUCCAUUCGCUAUGCUGGCAUUCCCUAUGCUCUUCCGCCUACAGGCGAGCAUAGAUGGCGGAAGCCAAGAGCUCUUCCAUCACACUACAAAUUUAGCGGUCCUAACGGAGGCUCUUUCGACGCGACGAAGUUCAAGCCUGUAUGUCCUCAAGAGUCUUUUGGUGCCAAUCCCGAACAAAACAGUGAAAAGGCAUUCUCCGAGGAUUGUCUGAUAUUGAAUAUUUGGACACCUGUGCCGAAGCCUGAUGACAAGAGGAGGAAACUCCCUGUCUUGCUCUGGUUGCACGGUGGGUGGUUCCAACUGGGAGAUCCGUCACAAGACAAGACUAUGGAUCCCACCGAAAUGAUCUCGACAGGCGGUAUGAACGCCAUUGUGGUCGCAAUUGGAUACAGAAUCAAUAUACUCGGGUUUCUUGCUGCCAAAGAGCUUGCAGCUGAAAGCGCAGGCGAGUGCGCGGGCAACUAUGGCCUAUGGGAUCAACGUUUAGCAAUGCAAUGGGUCAAAGAAAACAUUGAGCUUUUCGGAGGUGAUAAGCACAACAUCACUCUUGGAGGUCGAAGUGCCGGUUCUUAUGGUGUAGAAGCUCAGGUCCUCCAUGACUUCCGGCAUGGACGAGCUCAGCCACACGAAGAACUCUUUCACAGGUUUUAUAUGAUUUCGAAUGCCAUCCCCGCGCAGCCGAAGACCUUGGCCGAGUCUCAGCCACAAUUUGACGAGAUAUGUGCUUAUUUCCAUAUCCCGGCCACAGAUUCCGGACCCGAAAAGCUGGCGAAAUUGCGGGCCCUGACAUGGAAUGAGUUGGUUUCUGCAAUCCACCUUCUCAAGAACCAUACUUUCCGGCCAGUCACGGACGACCUCUUCGUAGACUCCGGUAUGGUUGAAUAUAUGCAAGACGGUCGAUUUGCAGCACAUUUCAAAGAGCGUAAAAUGCGGAUCUUGAUCGGCGAGGUCUUGAAUGAGGAAACACUUUACGCAACUUACAAUCCGCCGCAAGAAGCCAGCCUUGAUGCCCUGCGUUUACAAAUUGGUAACUACUAUGCGCCGGCAACAACAGACCGCAUCAUCGAACAUUACCAACUGCCAAAAACUGACGAUAUAUCGGAAUGGCGGAAAGUCUUUGGCAAAAUCAUUGCUGAUGGUCAAGUCCGGGCUCCAUCUAGAGGUCUUGUGCAACAUCUUUUUACUCACGGCGUACCGAUAAGCGAUAUUUGGCGCUAUCGAGUUGCCAAAAGGCUGUCGUUUAUUACAGAGAAGGUCGCGCCUGCAUCGUUUGGUGUAUCUCAUGCCAUGGAUAAGCCAUGGUGGAACUUUUCCAUACAGCACGGUCCCACAGUCAAAGAAUUCAGGUUGAUGGAAGAAUGGAUAGAUAUACUUAUUGCUUUCGCUCACAACGAUCAACGCUACGAUUUUGGUACACGAAGUAUUGACGAGAUCAAAGUAGUUACACCGCAAAACAGUAUUGAAAUUCAGAAGGAUGACAAGUGGAAUCAUUUGCUACAGUUAAGUGAUAUAUUUGCAAGGGGAUAGAGCGACAUGAGUACUGGCAAUGAAAAAGAAAUUUAUACGAUUGACUUUUGAUUAAUAACUUCUUCCUUGUACUGCUGGGGAAAUGGCACGGUGGUAGCACUUUGAUAGUAGGACUAAAUCGUGCGGGGAAAGGCAGUAUAAGCGGGUUUUCUAAAGACUGUACGCCUUGAAAUCACAUGAAUGGCUGGUUGUUCUUCGCAAAGUCGACCUGACAGGAUAGGUAUGCCAGGAUGCGAUCAAGCAAUAGCCGUCAUGUGUGGACCGGGCAGGUUUUGAUCUAUGGGCUCAGUACGACACUUCUACUCUUUUAUCUCAUCAUCAUUUACAUAGCUCAUACGCAAAUUGGAAAACCUGUCAUAGC